GAAAUUUGGUUUUUGCAGCUUCCCUUUCUUCCACUCACUCACGAGUUGACAGACAAAACAACAAAACAGGGUCAAAAGUCACAACAUUGCUCUGAACUGAACUCACAUCUCAGUUGAGUUGAGAGCAAUGGCAAUGUCUAGUCUGCAACUCAACAAUGCGAUUGCGAAGCCUUUCUUCAUGGGCAUGAGCCCCUCCUCCUCUUAUAAAAACUCAGUGGGCCGAAUCAGGUGCGCCGCUACCACACCUUCAAAACGCUACACCAUCACUCUGCUUCCUGGUGAUGGUAUCGGCCCUGAGGUCAUCUCCGUCGCCACCAACGUCCUCAAGCUUGCCGCCUCUCUCGAAGGGAUUGAAUUUGAUUUCCAAGAGAUGCCUGUGGGUGGAGCUGCCUUGGAUUCGACUGGCCUUCCAUUGCCGGCUGAGACCCUUUCUGCCGCUAAACAAUCCGAUGCCGUUUUGCUCGGAGCUAUUGGAGGGUACAAGUGGGAUAAAAAUGAGAAGCACUUGAAGCCAGAGACUGGGUUACUUCAGCUUCGGGCUGGCCUUCAAGUGUUUGCAAAUUUGAGGCCCGCAACUGUUUUACCACAGUUAGUGGAUGCUUCAACUUUGAAGAAAGAGGUUGCUGAAGGAGUUGACCUAAUGGUUGUAAGAGAGCUUACUGGAGGUAUUUACUUUGGAAAGCCAAGGGGUUUUGGCGUCAAUGAAAAUGGUCAGGAGAUUGGCUUCAACACUGAGGUGUAUGCUACACAUGAGAUUGAUCGCAUUGCUCGUGUUGCAUUUGAGACUGCUCGGAAGCGGAGUGGAAAACUUUGUUCUGUUGACAAAGCCAAUGUGUUGGAGGCAUCAAUUUUUUGGAGAAAAAGAGUUACGGCAAUAGCCUCAGAAUAUCCUGAUGUUGAACUCUCACACAUGUAUGUUGAUAAUGCUGCAAUGCAGCUUGUUCGAGAUCCAAAACAGUUUGAUACAAUCGUGACAAACAACAUAUUUGGUGACAUUUUGUCUGAUGAGGCUUCAAUGAUUACGGGAAGUAUUGGGAUGCUUCCAUCUGCCAGUCUUGGUGAAUCGGGACCUGGACUGUUUGAACCAAUUCAUGGUUCUGCUCCUGAUAUUGCUGGACAGGAUAAGGCAAACCCAUUAGCAACAGUACUUAGUGCUGCCAUGCUUUUAAAGUAUGGCCUAGGGGAAGAAAAUACUGCCAAGAGAAUUGAGGCUGCAGUAUUGGAUACUUUGAGUAGGGGUUAUCGAACGGGUGACAUAUACUCAGCUGGAAAUAAAUUGGUGGGAUGCAAGGAAAUGGGUGAAGAGGUACUGAAGUCGGUAGAUUCCCAAGUUCCUGCUCCAGUAUGAACUGAAACUAGAUGAGUGUGACAAUAAAAGAGCUGGAUAUGCGUCCAGCGUAGUUUAUGUAUCCAAGAGUCUCCACCAUGGUAAGCCAUGAUACAAUUUUAAAAGAUACUACUAAUGUCUCGUCCAGUGAGUAUUUGGGCACAAUAUGGUUGUCCUUGUUAGUGUUUAGUGGAUUUCAGAGUUUUCCAGGCUAGGAUUCUGAAUUGUUGUUUGUAUCUUAACUGUAUUUUUGCAUACAAUUUUAUUAAAAAAAAAAUGGUGGUUGUAAAAAAAUGGAAAUUAGAAGGCAUCUAGUGACCCUAAUUUACAUGUCCUGUUAGAUUCCUUGUGCUUAA